CUGCACUUGUUUAAGUUUUAACUUGUCACAAUGGAUGCGGUAACGCUUAAUGAGAAGAAAAGAGAAAAAAGGAAAUUGAAUUGGACAAAAAUAGAAACGGAGGUGUUAGCAGCUGCUUACAUCGAGCAGCAUGCGUUGAUAAACGGCAAUUUUUCAUCGACGUUGUCUGGAAAAGAUAAGGAUCUUGCGUGGGAAAAAAUUGCAGAACAAAUAAACGCACUGGGAGCAGAAGAAAGAACAGUGGAAGAGAUCCGGAAAAAGAUUUCCGACACGAAAACAAAACUGAGAAAGAAAGAAAGACAACGGCGCCUAUCAAUGAAACAAACUGGAGGGGGGCCAGCAAUCACACUGGAGCAGUGGGAGGAGAAAAUGAUAGAUGUUAUUGGCGAAGAGUCGAUUGUGGGGUUCGGUGGUGUGGACACGUUUGCUGUGCAACGAACACAACAGCCGAUGAUUGCAGAGCAACAUGGUCAAUCAUGCAGUACGAUGUGUGUGGAGCCCACUGUAGCUUUAGAACCCCAGGUGGUAGGAGGAGUCGCAACUCCAAACCAAAAAACAAAAAUGAGUCCAAGCACGAAAAACAAAAGGCGGAAGACAAGUGAAGAUGAUGACCAUGAAGAUGUCUCUCAACUUUUGAGACAGCAAAAUAAGACACUCUAUGCAAUUUUAUUAGAGCAAAGAAGAACCAGAGAACUUCUUGCAAAACUGUUUUCAUUUCCGCUUAAUGAACAAUAAAUAAUCAUUGUUUAAAGUCACACACCUUGAAAUGAAAUACAUGGCAUAGUAAGUUUAAGGAUAAAUGAGAAACAUAUUUGAUCUAUGCCAAUAAGAAUAUAUCUGGUGGUUACAAGGUAGACAUCUGUCUCUUUUGCGCUUUAAAACUUAAAAAUAAUUGCGUUUGUCGAAAUGUAUGUAUAUGUAUAGAAAUCCUACUUUUGGUUUUUAAAUUAAAAAAAACAAUAAAUAACUUGCUAACAAGGCUAGAGAUUUUAUGACAAUUUUGCACAUUUUGAAAUUGCAUCUAUAAGUAUUUAUUAACAUGUACUUCAUUUCAAGGUGUGUGGCUUUAAACAUUUAUUCAUGAUGUUUGUUUUUGAUACAAUUAAAAGUUUUGUUUGGAAAAAAAUCACCUAGUGAAGUACAAUAAAUGGAAAAUAUUAUAAAUCAAAUGACAAUUUUAGCAGCAAAUUGCUAUAAAUGAAAUGUACUAAAUAUGGUGUGAAAUUAAUAAGGUUAUUACAAUUCUCUGCAAUUUUUAACAACUAUCAAAAAAUA